UCAUCGCAAUACGAGUACCAGAGCGUACAAACCGCAUACUACCAAAAUCCGUAUCAAAACAUUUAUCAAAACAAUUAUCCGAUGGACGGAUUUGAAACAAAUAAUGAUUACGAAGAACCAGAGAAUUACAGACGCUCUAGAAAACACAAGCGCAAACGUUACGGCAGCAGCGGCGGCAGAUUACCUUUACUAGAAGACAGUAACGAGGAAUCUGAGGAGUGCACGUGCUCCUGCAACAGUUGCGCGAACAUCAAGCCUUGUUGCAAAGACGCUUGCAACUGCAACACUCAGAGCCAACCAAACGUUGUCAUCAUGCCGUAUCUUUACCCGCUGGUUGUAACUCAAAAGGUUGUAACUCAAACUACAAGCACAACUACGACGACUACGACCACCCCGAAGCCAAUUCGAGUACAAGAGACGAAUAUUCACUUAGACAAUAGACGAAUAAGCCGUAGACGGACCAAGCCUGUCUGGUUGCCAAAAUAUGGCAUAGUCCCGCUACCAGAUCAUCUGGCUGAGAGAUUGAUGUCAAAGCUGCGCGAAGUAAAAGGGCUAAAAGCGGAGCGAAGAAAGAGAUAAAUGCUUUUCUAUCAUGUAUUCUUACUUUAAUAAUAUUAUAAAUGCAAAAGUAUGUGAAAGAUUUUGGAUGUUUGUUAAAAGUAAACAGAGAAGUAACUAAAUACAUUUCAGUGGAAUUUGGCACAUGAAUGGAUCACCUGGAUUACCAUAUAGACUACUUUUCUCUCAAUAAUUUACUUCCACGGAAAUUGAAUUUUAUAAUCUGAUUUCUUGAAUAGACGGCGCUAUCGUCCUGCAGAUCGCUCCAUGGAUAGCUGUGUUUUAGGGACUUUUGAAGCAGAAAAGGCUUUUUACGCCGUCGAAGCCACGAACAAGACCUAGAAAGUUAUAUUUUUAUAACAGUUAAAAAAUACCAUAUAUCGUGUAAUUCUCCAUAUUGUAUUCAACGUUCCAUAAUAUUCGAUUUUAACAGAAAGGUUUAGGAUUCGAGCUCUUGUAAUUAAAUUAAAAAUAUCAUAGGCGUGUUUCUGACUAAUAUUAUUAUUGUGGUGAGAAAUUCAAUAGUGCUAUCUAUUUUCUUAAUGUAGAGAGCAAUGGACUAUCUCUAUAAACAUGUCUUCUUCAUUGCCUUUGACAUAAUUCUUAUAUACAUGUUUGUUACAUUUAAAGCACCUGCUUUUUUGAACGAGAACUAUUCACAAUAAUAA